UGCUUCUGUUCAUCUUACAUGCUCACAGCACAUAUAUUAUCUUGGCGGCACAGUGCCUCAUAUUUCCUUAGCUAAAUCACGCACUGUUAAAUGGGGGGAAAUAGGACCAUGGGUAGAAAAAUGCCUUGAAAGAACAGACUGGUUACAAGUUACUCCAGGUAUUUUUGAUACUCCUGACCGUUUAAUAACUAAAGUGGUGUUUCAAACUGAUUUUUUAGUACAUCGCGCUUUGUGCCGUCCUUCUUCUUUUGCUUGUUCAUUGCAAACCACUUUCCCUUCUUGGCUCUCUAUGCUCCCUGAUUCACUAUGGUCCCAGGGAAAGAAUGAUUAUGGAAGGAUAGCCCAUUGUGAGCCUCUGGUGAUCCACCCGAAAUCCUCCUUCCGCCCGCACCGUGCCCAAUAUCCUCUGUCUCCCGAAGCAGAGGCUGGCAUCUCCGCCGUACAUUCCGAUCUCGUCAAACGCGGUGCCAUUAUUCCAAUCGAAUACUCUCCAGUCAAUUCCCCCAUUCUACCUGUAAAAAAGGCUGACGGUUCAUGGCGUUUCGUACAAGAUUUGCGACAAGUAAAUUCUGCCAUCUUCCCUAGGGCCCCUAUCGUCCCUAAUCCUUCCACUAUCCUCUCUACUAUCCCUCCUUCCGCUCGGUACUUCUCCGUUAUUGACCUAGCUAAUGCUUUCUUUUCUAUCCCUGUUCACCCUGAUUCUCAAUUUUGGUUUGCUUUUACAUUCCAAAACCGCCGUUGGACAUGGACCGUCAUGCCUCAGGGAUACACUGAAGCCCCUUGUGUUUAUGGACAAGCUCUUGCCCAAAAUUUAGAAGGCUUUUGGCCGGAAAGAGGUAGUACAUUGAUACAGUAUGUAGAUGACAUAAUGAUAUGUAGCGCUACGGAAGAAGAUUGUACAAAAGAUACCCAGAAAUUGUUGCUGUUUCUGGGGGAAAAUGGCCAUAAAGUUUCCAAUGAAGACUUUCAUGAGAAUACCCAUCCAUCACCCAAAAUGAAGAAAAUCUGGGAGAUAUACCAGGCGAUUGUAGUAAAAUUUCAGAGCAUUUACAUUCCGGACAACAAUAAAGUAAUUGAAAUGGUCACAGAGCUCAAGAAAGAAGUAAACAACCUCAGAGAAGAACUCCGAGGUUUCCUGAGGUCUUCCUUCUCUUCCUUCACACAGACUGUGGCACCACUACCCUUUGGAUUACCCCUGCAAGAUUUGAAGGAACUGGAGGAAGCAGAAGAAACUUUUCAGCCAGCAGAGGCGAGGAUAAUAAUGAUGCCUGGAAACUGCGAAUGA